UGAGUUGAAAAACAGAUAAACGGCUGGAAGAUGCGCUUGACACUGGUGCUGCUUGUUGGAGCUCUCUGCCUGGCCCUCAGCUAUGCGCUGCCGUUGGACGAUGAUGACAAUGUCCAGGAUAAUGGCCAGAUAACAUUACUGGAUCUGGCCGAUCAGCCCGAGGGACAUGCUAAUGAGGGCGAUCGAGAGGCGCGAGCCUUCUGCUGCGGCGGCGGGUUUGGUCGUCGACGGGGUUACGGUGGCUAUGGUGGAUAUGGUCGUGGUGGUUUCGGCUAUGGUGGCUACGGUCGCGGUGGAUAUGGUGGCGGUUAUGGUGGAUAUGGCCGUGGCGGUUUCGGUCAUGGUGGACACAGACGUGGUGGCUACGGACAUCGUGGUGGCUAUGGAUUUUAUGGACGCUAGCCCCACAAAUAGAUUUAUGUCUCUUGGUCGUGCCUAUAAAUAAGUUAAAUUGUGUACAACAAUUCGGAUCGUAGUGCAACUUGAGCUCAUGGUGAAUUCCAUGUGUAUGGUGAAUAUGGGCGUGGUGGAUACGCUUCUCGACGCUAACCUCACAAAUUGUUUUGCUUAUUUUGCGUGUUAAUAAAUAAAUUAAACUAUGUACAAAAA